UUUUAAAAACCCUCAAACAAACAAGAAGACAUUCCCUUUCACAUAUUUUUAGGGUUUGCUAAACUUCUGUAUUUGUAAUUUACCAAAAAUGGCAAAAAUCCAUCUCUUCAUCGUCCUUGCCCUAAUUGCAAUUCUUCAUGCAUCCGCAAGAACAAUCCCAGCCGUCCAUUCUAACCCUAAAGAUGAUCAUCAUGAUGCAUCAGCAUUGUCCCCAGCGGCUCAAGCCACGGCGGCUGUUUCGGCGGCGGCGGCGGCGGCGCCGGUCGGAGAUCAGAAGAAUUUCAUCACGUACGGCGGCGUAGGCAGCUGGGGCGGCAUCGGCGGCUGGGGCGGCGUCAUUCCGGUGCUUGGCGGCAUAGGAGGACUUGGUGGCGCCAGUGGGCUUGGCGGCGUUGGUGGUGUCGGGCUUGGUAAAGUUGGCGGUGUCGGCGUCGGCGGCGGAGUUGGCGGCGUGGGUGGCGUCGGCGGCAUUAUGCCUUAGAGUGCUUUUUAUUUUGAUUUGGUUUUAUGAUUGUAAUUUUAGUUUGUUUAAGUUAGGGUAAUGUUGCAUGCAUGCAUGCAUUUUAAUUUGGCUUCAAUUUGAGUUAGGCUGAUGCUUCUAUCUCAGGUUCAAUUUAUUUCCAAUAAAAUAAGUUACAGAAA